UUGAGUUCACUUUUCAGUCCAAGUCGAACUUUCACUGAAUAUGCCGACUUUGCGAGGCGGCAUCGCCAUCCAAUGAAGUUCAGUGGUCGUACGGGCUGGUGAGAAGUAGCGUUUUUCGCGUACGAGGUUCUGCGUUUGCCAAAUGAUAUAUUUGAUAAAGAAAACCAUGUGCCUGUAGAUAAGGAUAGAUUUAAGUGUUGUACAUAAUAACCGGUACUCUUAUCACCAAAAAGCUUAUGGCGGAGUGCCACAAGGCUUCAAAAGAGCCAGCAUGGACGCAAGAAUGCUGAAGCUGAUCGACCAUCUGAGACGCAAAAUAUACGUAGAACUCUCCUCGUCCUUUUUCUUUGCCAAAUUGGACCUGUAUAAACCCGCUCUGAGAUUACAAUGACUCGAAUCAGUGCUAGACUGUAAAAAGUGCUGCAGACAAUACACAAAAACACAAUUAAAGCUGCCAUAGGCCAAAUCUAGUCCCAAAAAAACGUAAUAGUGUUUAAAUCGUGCCAAAAAUUAAAUAAGUGUAUUCGAUAACCCGAUAUAGUGUUAAUAAUAAUAGUUACGAAAGUUCUCCGAAAACGAACUAACGGAAAAUAAGUCAAGGACCUACAGGAAAAUGGCUGUGAUACUGCUGUCGACUAUCCUGGGAGCUGUGAAAGCGGGGGUAGGCCUAAUAGGAGCGGGAAAAAUCGCCAUUCUGCCUUUUCUCAUAGCGACCAUGACGUACUUCCACUACGACCAAUUUGAUCCGGAGAACAAACCCUUAGACCGCUCCAACGUCGAUCCCACGUACGACUUCGUGAUCGUAGGGUCUGGGUCCGCGGGGUCGGUUCUCGCCAACAGACUGACGGAGGUGCCCAGUUGGAAGGUCCUUCUGCUGGAAGCGGGAGGACACGAGACCGAGAUCACGGAUGUGCCCAUCCUGAGCCUGUAUCUGCACAAGAGCAAAGUCGACUGGGGAUACAAAACGGAGCCCUCCGAUACGGCUUGCCAAGCCAUGGUGGAGAACCGGUGCAGCUGGACCAGGGGAAAGGUUCUGGGAGGAUCCAGCGUGCUGAACACCAUGCUGUACAUCCGCGGCAACAGGAGGGACUACGACAGAUGGGCCGCUUACGGAAACGAUGGGUGGUCGUACGAAGAAGUGCUGCCGUACUUCAAGAAGAGCGAGGACCAGAGAAACCCCUAUUUGGCUAAGAACGCGCGUUACCAUUCUACUGGUGGUUAUCAGACUGUCCAGGACAGUCCAUACAACACCCCCCUCGGCGUGGCCUUCUUAGAAGCUGCCCAAGAAAUGGGCUACGACAUCCGGGACGUCAACGGAGAAAAGCAAACCGGCUUCGCCUUUUACCAAUUCACCAUGCGCAGAGGCACCCGCUGCAGCACGGCCAAGGCCUUCUUGCGACCGAUAAGGCUCAGGAAGAACCUGCACAUCUCCAUGUACUCGCACGUCACCAAGGUGCUCAUCGACCCCGACUCCAGGAGGACCUACGGCGUGGAGUUUAUCAAGGAAGGCAAAAAAAGGACGGUUCUGGCCACGAAAGAGGUGAUUCUAGCCGCCGGGGCUAUAAAUUCCCCACAGCUGUUAAUGCUGAGCGGGGUUGGCCCGAGGACGCACCUGGAGGACAAGGGGAUUCGAGUUAUACACGAUUCUCCAGGAGUCGGUAAAAACCUGCAGGAUCACAUAUCCUCCAGCGCCACCUUCCUCAUAGACCACCCUAUCAGCCUGGUGAUCAGUCGUUUAGUCAAUCUCAACACGGCGAUAAGGUACGCUCUCAAGGAAGACGGUCCCCUGACGUCUUCCAUAGGCCUGGAGGCAGUCGGUUUCAUACCCACCAAAUACGCCAACAGGUCGGACGAUUGGCCGGACAUGGAGUUUAUGUUGACCAGCACGUCGUCGGCCGCCGACGGAGGCACCCAGGUAAAAAAGGCGCACGGGCUGUCGGACGAGUUCUACAAGGAGGUGUUCGAGGGCAUCAACAACAGGGACACGUUCGCUAUUUUCUCCAUGAUGCUGAGGCCCAAGAGCAGAGGAGAGAUUCUGUUGAGAUCCAAGGAUCCCCUGGAGUAUCCUCUGCUGUACCACAAUUACCUCACCCAUCCCCACGACGUCAACGUGCUGAGGGAGGGAGUCAAGGCGGCCGUGGCGUACGGACAGACGGAGGCUCUGAAACGGUUCGGUGCGAGAUUGCACGCAGUGCCGUUGCCGAAUUGCAAACACCUACCCCUCUACACGGACGAGUAUUGGAACUGCUACAUCAGGCAGUACACGUUGUCCAUCUACCACUACUCAUGCACCGCCAAAAUGGGUCCGGCCAGCGACCCAUACGCCGUGGUGGAUCCGAGUCUGAGGGUAGCUCGAAAUUUAUUUUUCAUUUAA